AUGGAGCAUCAUCUACCGCAUCAUCACCAUCCGCAUCAUCAUGCGCAUCAUGUGCAUGGUGCGGCGCACCAUCAUCACCAUCACAGUACGCCACUGCACUGGGGCUAUCCGAGUGCGGCGACGACACCAAGUGCAGCCUCCACACCAACGCACGGUGGUGGUGGUGCCGGCACGACCGGCGGACAGAACAACACGUGGACGCCACCAUCAUCGAAGGGCCACAAAAGGACGCUCUCCGAGAGCGAUUGCGAGGAUCUCUACUCCGAGGAAUCCUCCAAGGAACACACGUCACCGGGCGAAUCGGACAGCUGUCAACUGCUUAGCCGCAAGCGGCGCCGUGGAGUGAUCGAGAAGAAGCGCCGCGACCGGAUCAACUCGUCGCUAACCGAGCUGAAGCGGCUAGUGCCAAGUGCGUACGAGAAACAGGGUUCGGCCAAACUCGAGAAAGCCGAAAUCCUGCAGCUGACCGUCGACCACCUGAAGGCGCUCCAUGCACGAGGAAUGGACGAUGUGAGCUACGAUCCGCAACGGUUCGCGAUGGAUUACCAUAUCAUUGGCUUUCGGGAGUGUGUGGCCGAAGUAGCACGGUACCUAGUGACGAUCGAGGGCAUGGAUGUGCAGGAUCCGCUUCGGUUACGUCUAAUGUCACACCUUCAGUGCUUCGCCACUCAACGGGAACUCUCGACGAAAGCGAAUCCAACGGCUUCUGCCACUAGUCCAGCCUGGUCCCACAGCAGUACCUCUGCCGGUGGUUAUCCGGCAGCAGCAGCAGCAGCCGCAGCCGCCGUAGCAUACCCGGCCAGUCAUCACGGUAGCACCGGGUACUACCAUCCACACCAUCAAAGCUACGGUCAAAGUGCAACGGCACCGUACAUUCCACAGGUGGCCACCAUUCCGCCACCACACGAGCAUCUCCACCAGCAGCAGCAGCAACAGCAACAGCAACAGCAGCAGCAACAGCAACAACAGCAACAGCAGCAACAGUUGGCAUCUUCCGCAGCAACGGCGGCCAUUUACGCCACGAGUGCACCACUGCAUGAGCUGUACAACAGCCAGCACGAUACGGCCAGCGGUGCCGCGACUCAGCAGCAGCAGCAGCAGUCGGAACAACAGCAAUCGGGAUCUGUGUCCGGUGGCUCGAAUGGAGGCGCACCGACGUACACGGAGCUGAGCAAUCACAACCCCAACCGUGGGUUGUCCGCGUACGGCAAUCCGCAGUACCCGGUGAGCACCUCGACUCACGGGUACAGUGCGUCGACCAGUUCGUCGUCGGCGUACAAUACGGCCGCCAAGCCGUACCGUCCUUGGGGUGCCGAGAUGGCCUGCUAA